CUACACACCUUUCCUUCCCCGGAUUCUCUUACUUUCCCUCUCUCUCUCUCUCUCUCUCUCUCUUUUUUUGUUUGUCGUUUUCCUAACCCCACCUCUCUCCACCUUCUUCCGUGCGUCCUUUUCGGAUGUAAAAUAUCCCUAAUAAAACCAAUUUUGGGUUUGGGUUUGGGUUUGGGUUUGGGUUUGGUAAAUGCUAUACAGCCUGUCUAACCUCAGUCAAAUUCGUCUCCUCCCAAUCCCAUCCCCAUUCCCCAACUCCCAACCGUAUCCUUCUUCUUUUCUUUUAUUUUAUUUUAUUUUAUUUUCUCCAUUCCUUAACUAAUAAUUCUCUUUACUAUACCCCCAAAGCAAAGCCAAGUCGGUUUUCACAAAACACCUUCAUAAUACGUGUGCUCCUCUCGCCACCGUUACAUGACGCGUGUCCCUUUGACAGCUGUUUUCUCUUCUUUUUGUUUAUUUAUAUUUUGCAUUUUCUACUAACUGAAACGGCUAUCACCUGUCCUCACCACUUAUAUAAUCCCCUUCUUCCUUUUCUUCCUUUUUCUCUCUUCUUCUCUAUAUUACAACAAAACAUUACACGCUUGAGGGCUACGCCUCCUCUCCUUCUUCUCCUCUCUUUUACUACUCUUCCCUCAUUUUUAAUGGCUACCACUGACCGUAUUAAGGGUCCUUGGAGUCCCGAUGAGGAUGAGUUACUCCGCCGUCUCGUCCAUAACUACGGCCCUAGGAAUUGGUCUCUUAUUAGCAAGUCUAUCUCUGGUCGAUCUGGUAAAUCCUGUCGUCUUAGGUGGUGUAAUCAGCUUUCCCCUGAAGUGGAGCACCGUCCCUUUACUCCUGAUGAGGAUGAUACUAUUAUCCAGGCUCACUCCAGAUUUGGUAACAAGUGGGCCACCAUUGCUCGUCUUCUUAAUGGUCGCACCGACAACGCUAUCAAAAACCACUGGAACUCUACUCUCAAGCGUAAAUCUUCAUCCUCUGCCCCUGAAGAUGACCAUCCUCUUAAGAGAUCCGCCAGUGUUGGUGCUCCCCCUUUGUAUUUUAAUCCCAGUAGUCCAUCUGGGUCCGACUUGAGCGAUUCUAGUCUCUCUGGAAUGUCUUCUUCCCAGGUCUGUAAGACUUUCCCGCCCGUUCCUCUGAUUUCUCAUUCAAAUCAGCACCCCAUGGAGACAACUUCCAUCGAUCCUCCCACCUCUCUCACGCUCUCUCUCCCUGGAUCCGACUCUGGCGAGGCACCUAAACACAUGUCGGAAGGCAAUCAUCAGAGUGGGAAGAAGGCGGGGAUUGAGAAACAGUUCUUCAGUGCGGAGUUCUUGGGUGUGAUGCAAGAAAUGAUUAGAAAAGAAGUGCAGAGCUACAUGUCUGGGAUGGAACAGAAUGGGCUGUGUUUGCAGACGGAGGCUAUCACGAACGCAGUCGUAAAACGGAUUGGAAUAAGAAAGAUUAGAAAUUAGAUGACGAAGAAGUCAUCGGCUUUCCUUACGCCGCCGCCGCUCCAAUCUCUCGAAGGCUCACCCUUUUCUGUUUAUUAUUUUUUUUUCUUUUUUUUUUUUUUUUCUUUUCUCCUUUUCCGCAUCCCCAAAACUAUAGAAGGGAAUAAAUUUUGGUAGUGUACAUAAGGAAGAACAAGAAAAUUGGGGGUCUGGGUUGAAAUGAACAACGUAGAGAAGAAUUUCAAAUAUAUAUAUAUAUCGUAUAUGAAUGAUAGAGCUUAGAUCAUCGGUUCAAGAGGGUGAUCUUUUGGCAAGUUUAUGCAAAA